AUGUUCUUUUCUUUCUCUCGCUCUAGUCUCAGCGUUCUUUCUACCCUCUCCAUCGCGCGAGCUAUUGAUGAAGCAUUGGAGCACACCACAGCAGAGGAGCACUCUCUCCACUGGAAUUGCAGGCUCUUUCUUCCCCAAUUUGUGAUCGAAGAGAGUGAAGAAAAUGGUGACCGGUCACUCCCAGAGACUUUGUUCGAUUUGAUGAAGCAUCACUUCGAAACUGAAGAGGUUACAGUUGAAGCUCCUCUUCGUGUUUUAAAUGUUCAAGUUAUUGAUCUAGUCACAGGGAAGCCUUGUAAAGUUGGGAUUAAGUAUCUUGAAGAUGGAACCAAAGUAAGAGUAUCCAGAGGCCUGGGUGCAUCAGGAUCCGUUAUUCCUCUUCUUGAGAUAUUGAAGAUAAGGACUACGCCAAGGCCUAUAGUUGCUGGUCCAAAGGAUACUCCAAUGGAUGUUGUGAUGGAGAAGACUUAUGAUGCAAAAACAGGGCGAGGCAUGCCUGAACUUUGAAAGACCUGUAUUCUUAUAUA